CGCGGAGUGGAGGCCGUUGCAUUCCAACCAAUUAAAGCGAAACAGCCACUCUUCGCCGUUCCACCACCACCUUACCUUACCUAUCUAGCUAUAACCUUUUUAACCUCUUUUAUUUUUAUUUUUCUAAACCCAACCACCAACUAGCCUCUCCCUUCCCUUGUCUCUGCACCUCCCUCCUUCCUUCUUUCUCUCCCCUACUUCAUGGAGAUCGUUCAUUGGCAGUCAUGGCAAGCACAUUAUUAGAAAGCAACACGACAACGCCCUCUGCCAAAUCGGCACGCCAAAGUGUUGAUCAAGUCUCAUCCGAUUUCAACACCAGCCCUACACUUGGUCUUGCUCAGGCCGAAGUGCCUGGCCUGCGCUCGAUUUAUGGCUCGAAUGAACUUGACAAGGCGGAAGAAGAAUCGCUCUUUUCCAAAUUCCUUCAACAAUUUACAGAAAAUCCGCUUAUUCUAUUGCUACUCGGCUCGGCCCUUGUCUCCUUGGUGAUGGGUCAAAUGGAUGACGCUAUUAGCAUUACAGUGGCAAUUGUUAUUGUAGUUACAGUUGCAUUUGUACAGGAAUAUCGAUCCGAAAAGUCUCUUGAAGCAUUGAACAAGCUCGUACCUCAUUACUGCCAUCUUGUCAGAGAUGGCCAGAUUAUCACCGUGCUAGCCAACGAACUUGUUCCCGGUGAUCUUGUCCGGUUCAGUACUGGGGAUAGAAUUCCUGCAGAUUGUCGAUUGAUUACUGCUGUCGAUCUGGAAAUUGACGAAUCCAACUUGACGGGCGAAAAUAAGCCGAGACGAAAGCACACCAAUGCCAUCAAUACAAAUAGCUAUGCCGAGCUUGCUUUAUCCGAACGCGACAAUAUCGCAUUUAUGGGAACUUUGGUUCGCAACGGUUAUGGAUCCGGUUUGAUUGUUGCUACGGGCAAAAGCACCGAGUUUGGACACGUGUUCGAAUUGAUGCAGCAAGUCGAGAAUCGCAAAACGCCGCUUCAGGUUAAUAUGAACGAACUUGGUAAACAACUGUCAAUCUUGUCGUUUGGCAUCAUCAUCGUCAUCGUCCUUAUUGGAUUGAUCCAAGGACGACAUUGGCUUGAAAUGUUCACGAUUGGAGUCAGUCUCGCUGUUGCUGCUAUUCCAGAAGGCUUGCCAAUCGUUGUCACCGUUACUUUGGCACUGGGUGUACUGCGCAUGGCCAACAGAAAGGCCAUUGUCAAACAACUUCCAUCCGUCGAAACACUGGGCUCUGUCAACGUAGUGUGUGCAGACAAGACAGGAACAUUGACUAGAAAUCAGAUGACGGUGACCAAAGUGUUUACCAUUGAUGAUGAAAAGACGUUUGAUUACGAGCACAAUGCACCGAGCAAACUCAGCGCAGCACUGCAUCAAACACUGCGGAUAGGCAACUUGUGUAACAAUGCUUAUGUUGGCGAGGAUGGCAAGUACAUUGGUCAGCCAACCGACAUCGCUCUCUUGGAAGUCAGCGUUCGUAGCGGUCUGAAGGAUGACCGUGAGAACUUUGAGCGUGUUGAAGAACUUCCCUUUAAUUCGGACCAGAAGUUCAUGAUGGUCAAAUGUGAGGACAAGCGUACCAAGGAAUCAGCCUGUUAUUUCAAGGGUGCUACCGAGAUUAUCCUUGAAAAGUGUAGUACAUUCUACGAGUCUGACGACACGAAGCACCCACUAACGGCUGAUAUUAAGGAGAUGGUUCUGCAGCAUGUAGCAGCCAUGAGCUCUCACGGUCUUCGCGUCAUCUCCACUGCCUUUGGAACCAAUCCCAAGGAGCUGUCGCUUACUGGCUUCCUUGCUGUUCAUGAUCCACCACGUGCUGGUGUCGCAGAUGCUAUUCGGGACUUGCGCCAGGGCGGGGUUUCUGUCGCCAUGAUUACCGGUGAUUCCGAAGCGACCGCCAUGUCGAUUGCCCGUAAGCUUGGCAUUCCGCUAAACACAGUCAAGUCAAGCUGCUUGACUGGACGCGAUAUCGAAGCAAUGAGCGAGCGACAAUUGCAAGAAAUGAUUGGAACCGUGUCUGUGUUUGCUCGCACGACGCCAAAGCACAAAUUGGCUAUCGUCAAGGCAUACCAGGCUAAUGGUGCUGUUGUUGCCAUGACGGGCGAUGGUGUGAACGAUGCCCCGGCACUCAAGAUGGCCGACAUUGGUAUCUCCAUGGGCAAGAGUGGUACUGAUGUCUCAAAGGAGGCGGCUGAUAUGAUCUUGGUGGAUGAUGAUAUUUCGACAAUAUUGCACGCUAUCGAAGAGGGCAAAUCGAUCUUUUACAACAUUCAAAACUUCUUGACCUUCCAACUCAGCACAAGCAUCUCGGCUUUAACCCUGAUUGCACUGUGCACGCUGUGUGGUUUUGCAACACCGCUGAAUGCCAUGCAGAUUCUUUGGAUCAAUAUUAUCAUGGAUGGACCACCUGCUCAGUCACUGGGUGUUGAGCCUGUUGAUCCCAACGUGAUGAAGAAGCCACCACGAUCGCGCAGUGACAAGAUUUUGACGCAGAGUGUAGUAUCGCGUGUUCUGACGGCAGCUUCGGUGGUUGUUUUGGGUACCAUGUUCAUCUAUAUUUCGGAAAUGGAGGAUGGCAUUGUGACUAACCGCGAUAUCACGAUGACGUUUACAACCUUUGUGUUCUUCGACAUGUUCAAUGCACUGGCUUGUCGUUCUGCUCGAAAGUCCAUCUUUUCUGUCGGCUUUUUCUCGAACCGCAUGUUCAAUCUUGCCGUGGGUGGAUCGAUCUUUGCGCAGUUGCUGGUCAUUUACACACCUUUCCUUCAAUCUAUUUUUCAAACGGAGCCGCUGUCAGUCUAUGAUCUCAUCAAGAUCGUGUUUGUCACAAGCUCAGUGUUUAUUGUUGAUGAGGCCAAGAAGUUCUGGGCAUCGCACGUGCAGCGACAGAAUGGUCGACUCAAGUAUCAUCAAGAUGAAGAGGUUGACCUGGCUAGCAAUGCUGUAUAAUGGUUUUGGACAGUGCACACACUUAAACUACACACAACACAUACACACACACACACACACACUCAAACACAAUAGCACACUCACACCCUCUUGUUACUCAUUCAAAAAAAGCACAAGCACGAAACCCUAAUAACAUAGACGUGUCAUUCCUUUCCCUCUCUUUGCUUUCUGUAAUUAUAUUUUUAUAUAUGUAU